AUGACGCUCGCCCAAAAGAUUCUGGCCCAUCACGCGCACAGCGUUCCCCGGGCGAGUGGCGUUCGACCGGGCGACUUCUUGCGGGUCUCGGUGGAUUGGAUCAUUGCGAGCGAACUCUCGUGGCAAGGCAUGAGCAAUAGUAUCCAGAGUCUCGAUGCUCCCUUCCAACCCUGGAGGAACGAUCGCUUCUGGCUUUCGGGUGACCACACCGUCGAUCCGCGCAAUUACCAGGAGCCAACACCACAGAAGCUGCUGGAAGGGAUCAGGAAGGCGAAGUAUGAAUACAAGAUGACCGAGAAUCAAGGCGCCAAUCACACAAUUAUGCAUACCGAGUUCUGUCGCGAACGAGCGCAACCGGGCAUGCUCGUGCUGGGUUCCGACUCGCACACAUGCUCUGCCGGCUGCGUAAGCUCGCUCGCCAUUGGUCUGGGAGCAGCAGAUGUAUCAGCAGCCCUUGGGACCGGUGAGACUUGGAUCAAGGUUCCGGAAUCCAUUCGGAUCAAUUUCGUUGGUAAGCCUCAGUGGUAUAUUGGUGGCAAGGAUGUAAUUCUUUACGUCUUGCAACAGUUGCGAAGAAACACUUUUGCUGCGGAACGGGUGGUGGAAUUCGGCGGCGCAGGAAGCGAGUGGUUGUCGUUCGAUGCUCGCUUUGGAAUUUGCAACAUGUGCACAGAGCUCGGAGCCAUUACUGGAAUCUUCACUCCCGAUGGCAUUACGAAACGAUUUGUGGAAGGACGUCGGGGCAGGAUGUACAGAUCUGAGUGCACGUAUUUUGCUCCCGACGAGCAUGCAGAAUAUAUUUCGACAUUUGAUAUCGACCUUGGCUCCGUGGAACCGUUCAUUGCCAUCUAUCCAUCCCCAGACAAUGUCCACCCCAUCACCGAGCAUCUGGACAUGCUAUUUGAUGGCUGCUUCAUCGGGGCCUGCACUACCACCGAAGAAGAUCUCGUCCUUGCCGCGCUGAUUCUUCAAGUCGGCCUCGAUCGAGGCCUGACACUUGCUCCGGGGAAACGCAUAGUUGUGCCUGGCAGCCGCCCUAUCCUCCACAACCUCGAGCACCUUGGGCUAUUGGAAAUCUACUCAAAGUGUGGCUAUACAGUGACCGCACCGGGCUGCAGUCUUUGCCUGGGUAUCGGCGCCGAUGUAGCAGAAGCAGGAUCGAAGUGGUUGUCUUCCCAAAACCGCAACUUCAAGAAUCGCAUGGGCAAAGGCGCCAUCGGUCACAUCUGUUCUGCUGCAACGGUCGCCUCGUCUUCCUUCUCUAUGAGCUUGACGGACCCACGCGAUCUCCUGCGAGACGUGUCUCAACCUUUUGCGCCUGAGGAGCAGCAUACAGGUGGACGUCUAACCGAUACCAUCCUUGGUCGGAUAUAUCGAUUGGGAGACUUCGUUGACACGGAUGCGAUCAUACCCGGACCCGCUUGUUCUACGUGCAUUACUGACGAUGACCUCGCGGCACAUUGUUUCGAGCUCGUGGAUCCGCUGUUUCGCGAUGCUGUCCGCACUAGUGAUCAGAAAAUUGUCGUGGCUGGCAAGGCGUUUGGGUGUGGCUCCUCGCGGGAGGAGGCCGUUCGCGCGUUGAAAGGUCUGGGCGUUACAUGUGUGAUCGCGGAAUCCUUUUCAUUUAUCUUUGGCCGCAACAUGGCGACACUGGGUCUCUUGGGAAUCGCGCUGCAAGAUGCGGACUUCUUCGAGAAAGCGAAGCAUCAGGGCUCAAUCCGAAUCAGCAUUUCCGAGAGGCGCAUCGAUUUGGACAAUGACAGCUUCGAGUUCAAGCUCGAUGCUAUGGAAGUUCGUCUGCUACAGGAGGGUGGCCUGGUUACGUCCUGGAAGAAGCACGGUACGAAAGUUUUUGCAAAGCUAUGCCAGGAAAGGUCGGAGAGGUCGGAAAUGGAGGUGCUUCGGGGAUUGGAGUGGUGA